CCGGAUUCAGUCGAGUGUUCCUACCGUAUCAGCUCGGUAGUCUAUCAUAGCUGCGCACCUGGUUGAAGAAGUAGUGUACUUUCAAUUUAAAAAAAAAAAUGACCCAAGAAGAUGAGCAAUACAUCCUGUACGGAGGUCCUGACCCAACUGAAAUGCUGCAGGAUGGAUCCCUAGGAGAAAUGAUGGUGAACGAAUUUCGGGCGAAGCCACAAAACAUCGCAUUGAUCGACCCGGUGACGGAGGCUCAGUUGACCUACCAGCAAAUGUAUGACCAAUCGUCAAAGGUGGCAGCCGGCUUGGUGCGGCUGGGCGUACGUAAAACCGAUCGCGUUGCGAUCAUCAGCGAUAAUUGUUUGGAGUUUUGUGUGGCGAAAGUCGGUUCAAUAUUGGCCGCCAUUCCGGUUGCCCUUUUGAACCCAGCCUACGUGGAAGCUGAGCUCGAGCAUGCCAUCAAUCUCUCCAAGCCAAAGGUUGUUUUCGUCUCGCCCAAUGUACUGGAAAAGAUUGUUAUGACGUUCAGAAGGUUGAAACUUACAGCCAAAAUGGUAACUCUCGGGGAUCACCCGAAGGCAGCCAGCUUCCCCGAUGUUAUCACUCUUGCUCAACUGAUGAGUGAAGUACCAACGGCGCAUUUUAUACCAGAUAAAGUUGACACCUUUUCACAUGUGGCCAUCAUAGUGUUGUCCUCCGGGACUACCGGAUUGCCGAAGGGAGUUGAACUCACACACCUCAAUAUAAUGACUACUGUCGCACACUCUAAAGAAACUCGAAAGUUGCUCGAAGAUAUACCGGACCAAUUGAUGGCUCUGGCAGUGACUCCGCUGUUCCACGCGAUGGCGGCUGUCAGUAUGAUAAACAUGCUAACCAAUGACUGCUGUUGCGUUGUGAUGACCAAAUUCCACAUUCAUUUGUUUCUGAACAGCAUCCAGAAGUACAAAGUAAACUUGAUGACGGUCCCCCCGCCAGUGUUGGUGUUCCUGGCCAAGCACCCCAUCGUCGAUAACUACGAUCUAUCAUCGCUGAUGACGGUAAUAUGCGGUGCGGCACCUCUGAGCAAAGAAAUCGAAGAUCGAGUUCGGGAUCGGAUUGGAAUUGCCUUCAUUCGACAAGGCUACGGUAUGAGCGAAACAACGCUAGGAGUGUUGAUGCAAUCCGGGUUCGAAAAUAAGGCAGGAUGCGUUGGCCAAAUUCGGAUGGGUCAAAGGGUGAAGGUGAUUGAUCCGGAGACGGGUAAAAUUCUGGGACCCAACCAACGUGGGGAGUUGUGCUUCAAGGGAUCGCUCAUAAUGCGAGGAUACGUGGGAGAACCCAAUGUGCUGGAUGAGGACGGUUGGCUGCAUACCGGAGACGUUGGAUAUUUCGACGAGGAGCACGAUUUCUUUAUCGUCGAUAGGCUGAAGGAGCUCAUCAAGUACAAAGGCUUUCAGGUUCCUCCCGCCGAGCUGGAGGCCAUUCUUUUGAAGCAUCCCAAGGUGCAGGACGCGGCAGUGAUAGGUGUUCCGGAUGAGCGUGUUGGCGAACUGGCUACGGCAUUCAUUGUAAAGGAAUCGGGUGAAGAUGUUAGUGCUGAAGAAAUCGUUGAUUUCGUCGCUAGUCAGGUGUCGCCUCAGAAGCGUUUGUACGGAGGCGUUCGGUUCAUCGAUGAAAUUCCUAGAACCAUUAGUGGUAAGAUAUUACGCCGGCAGCUACGGGAGAUCAUCCACGGCACAAAAUCCAAGCUGUAGUCGGUGGAAUAAAAGUGCGAAUUGGCCGAAUUAUGUGUUCUUAAGUUGGGAAUGGUUGUGAUGGGAUGAGAAAUAAAACUUAAAUUGUAA